GGAAGUUGUUACAGUUAAUAAUAUACUUGAGCUACUUGGGAAGUUAAUGCCAACGGAGGCAAUUGGGUUUGAGAUCGAGAAUGGGUGAUUGGUUGAUACUUUGGACGAUGACAGGAAGGAGAUAUAUAAGCUAGAUUUUGGUAGGGAGCCGUCAUCGCCACUUGAGAUUAUUAAGAAUAAGAGGAUGUCUUUGGCUAAAGCUACUGCGAUGACAAGUGAAAUGAAGAGGAAGGUGUGGUCUUAGGCCCGAAUAAUAUGAGGAAAUCUUUGGAUGGAGAGGCAAUUGAUGGGAGAUCCCACUCUUUAGACAAGGAUCAGUUAGAUUUCGCUUUGAAUUUUGAUGAGCUAGAUCUAGUUUUUGCUUUUGCUAGUCCUCAGAUUUUUCAAAAUACAAAGGUAUUAAAUGAUUCAGAAGAGCCAGAUUAUCAGAAGAUUGAACUUUUGAACCAUAGAGAAGAGUUCAAAAUAAUAAACAAUACAUUGAUUGUAAGUCAGCUUUCUUCUAGGUGUGAUUCACCUAGUCUUGGAAUCAUCUAGUUCACAUUGCCUAAAAAUAAAAUUUAAGUCAUUAAAAUACCCUUCAGUAUUAGCAAGAAAAUUUAGAGAUAGAUUAUAGGGCUAUCAGCUGAUGAAUGAUUUAAGUUCUGAAAGGAUUAGACUCUCAAGAGUUUUCUCUGACUUUUAAGACUCAACGCUCAAUCAUAACUAGCCUCAAUAUUACUUAUCAUAUCAAUGGGAGGCGGUAUAGUCGAUUUUAAACUAGAGAUAAACUCUCUUAUUAAUUAUUUGCAACGUCACAAUACCUACUGAG